GCAUGCGUUUUUUUGUUUUUGGGCUCCAAGGCCUCACGCACAGUAAGAGUUGCUGCCCCUUCAUCUCCUUUUUGUUUCAUCUACAUUUUCCUACUUGCUGCCAUUGGACUCUCGGUUUUUCAUCACUAGUUCCCAACGCCUGCAGCAGCCAACACCUGCAGCCAGCACCUGCUUCACGCCCACCCACCAGCGCUGGUCAUCUUCUCCAGUGCAGUUACCUGCUGCUGCUUCUUCUUCUUGUGUCUCCGGCUUCAUUUUAACAGCAUAUUGAGUUAUUGUGGUUGUGCUCAUUUUGGUUGGUUCUUUGGAUCUUUGUUCAGAAAAUUUGGUGAGACAUUUUCAUCUUGCUACAUUUAUUUAUACACUCUUAUGUAUUUGUAAGGCUUGUGCCUUUUGUGUCCACUUUGUACAACAUAUUUGAUGAUAGUGGAUUUGGACUGUCAUGCUCCGUAGACGUACCUCAACAUUUGAGGGAACCACGUUAAAUUUCUUGUAUUUCAAUUUUUAUUAUUUGCAUUACUUCAUUGAUUUACUUAUGGGAAUUAGUCCAUAUAUAAUAUUUUCCCAACACAAGUGUGGCCCAUUCGAUCCAAAGGCCUCUUGUACCGCACCGGCAAGUCGUGCUGCCUCCGGUGGGUCAACAAGCUUCGACCCAACUUGAAACAUUUUCUAUGGAGGAGGAGAGGGUGGUGAUAGAACUGCAGGCGCAAUUCAGGAACAAAUGGACGAGAAUCGCGACUUACUUGUCGGGAAGAACCGACAACGAUGUCAAGAAUUUCUGGAGCAGCCGGCAGAAGAGGCUGGCCAGGAUUUUGCAGACUGCUCCUCCAAGACCCCAACCUACGCCCAUCAUCACUAGGGAAAUUCCUGUCUUCCAUGCUGUUCCAAUUGAGGCGCCAAAGUUUAGUUCUUCGACUGAGGAAGAACCAUCGUGCACAAAACUUCAGCCCUGUUCAUCAUCCUCAUCAUCCUAUGAAAUGAUGAAGAUGGUGCCACCGCCGGAAUUGGUGAAUAUGAACCCCAACUUGCUUAAUUAUGACACCACCACUGUUGCUUAACUGGAGUUCAAUCCAAGCAUGGAUCAGUCCCAGGCCUAAUCCCAAAUGCUUUUUCCGGAUUAGUUCCUGGAACCAACGCAGCAAGACCUUGCAUUUUUGCAGGAGAGCCAAGAGCUGAUGGCGAGGCUGGAGGACCCCUGCUUCUUGGAUGUGUUUGGAGGGAGGGAUUCCGAGGAACUCGGAAACGAAAAGAGGCUCGGUUUCUUUGCAGUGCCGUCGGAAGGAAUGGGGUGCUAUGAGAAUGGGGGGAAGAAGGUGAAGGAGGAGAAGCUGAUGACUCCGGACAGCUUCUUUGAUGAUUUUCCCACAGACAUGUUUGACCACAUUGAGCCGCUUCUCAGCCCUUCAGAGUGGUAAAUGCUGAUGCUUUUGUUUUGUCCAUGUAGGUGUAGGAAAAAAAUGAACUCUAUUUUCCUACAUGGUUUCUUUUAGGUUGAAAUUAAUUUGACAAGGUUAAUCUAUGUGACAAAUGCAAGCCCUAUGUGCCAACUCUCUUUCUAUGAUAUAUCCCUAUUUGCUUCUU